AUGGUGGCUCAGAUAAUCGGCGAGUUGUUUGCAGUAUUUGUAUUAUGGUCGGGGAACGUGAUCAGGCAGGAAGAGCUCAAUCCGGCCACUCAUAUUUACACCUAUCGGCAGUCUGGCCUGUACUCGCAUCACGGAAUCUACAUCGGAGAGGAUAAUAUAAUUCACUUCACAAGAACGGGAGUCAACAAGACCUCCCUUGAUUCCUUCCGGCGAGAAGGCGAGAAACUCCAUUCCCUCCACUCAUAUGCAUAUGGUCGACCACUGCUGGAGUAUUGGCUGAUGAGAUGGGGGACCCGCACAACCUUACCUGACGCCAAAUUGCCCGAGGAAGUCAUUAACAAGGCUUGGGAGCUUUACGAGGGCAACAGUUUUGGCAAGUACGACCUCAUCAAUAACAACUGUGAGCAUUUCGCUGUGUUUUGUAGGACCGGAGUUCGGGCAAGCGCACAAACAGCGUUGGUCAGCAUUGGUCAGCAUAGGGCCAAGGAGGUCAAAGAAUGGAUAAUGAAGCUUCUGCAUAGAAUUAAGCUCAAGUGA